AUGGACAAAAUAAAGAAGAUGUGUGUACAGAUGCCCAAAAGCAGGCAAAAACCAGUAAAGACUGAAUGGAACGCCCGGUGCGUCAUUUUCAGUUACUUCCAAGGGGACAUCAGCAGUGUGGUAGAUGAGCACUUCUCCAGGGCUCUGAGCAACCUCAAGAGAUCCCAGAGAUGGAGUUCCUUGACCCAUGGAGAAAAUGUGAUCCUCAGGAAUGAUAGCAGCAUGCCCCCGAAUCAGUGGCGUCUCACUUCUUCUUCAACAAAACCACAGCCAGAAGCAUCUCUUGUAAAUAGUGCCAGCAGCAGCAACGUGGAUGAAAGUGGUCCUGAAGCUAUAGAUCAGUGCCCACUGUCUAUGCCCAAGACCCCUUCUGCGCAUCCUCAAGAGAUGUGGCAGUUGUCCCCCCUAGAGAGGCAAGACUUCUUAGAGCCGACCUGCUCUCGUGCCCUUCCUGACAGGCAUCCGGCUCCAGAGGUCUACCCUGAUGGGAGACGUGGCUCCCUCCUGGCAUUACUCCAGCAGGAUAGAUACCUAAACCGUCCUCUGGAACCUGCCACCAGGGAGAACUGCAACCAUGCCAAGAUAGCUGGAAGCACGGGACUGCACAUGAACUUGCCUCCCAACUCAGACCAUUGUAAGGAAAUGCUUACAGAUACUUACAAGGUCAUUGUUGUUGAUAGUGAGUCGGCAUGA